AUGCUGGCACCCUCCAGGGCUGUGAUGAACCAGACGCUGGUCACCGACUUCUUCAUUCUGGGAUUCUCAGAAACACCUGGGCUGCGAACGCUGCUCUUUUUCGGCUUCCUGCUUCUGUACACAGUGGCCCUCUCUGGAAACCUGCUCAUUGUGGUGGUCAUCAGCUCCAGUCCAGCCCUGCACACCCCCAUGUACUUCUUCCUGGUCAACCUGGCUGUGGUGGACAUUCUCUGCACGUCCACGAUCCUGCCUGAGCUUCUGGUGGGCAUGGUGGCCAGCAAGACCAUCUCCUAUGGGGGCUGCAUGGCCCAGCUCUUCUGCUUCACGUGGUCCAUGGGGGCUGAGCUGCUGCUCUUCUCGGCCAUGGCCUAUGACCGCUACGUGGCCAUCUGCCGGCCCCUGCACUACGGCGCCCUCAUGGGCCCCCGGGUGUGCACGCUCUUGGCUGGAGUGGUGUGGACAGUCAGCCUGAUCAACACCAGCGUGAACACAAGUCUCUUGCUUCGCCUGCCCUUCUGCCGCUCCAACGUGGUGGAGCACUUCUUCUGUGAGAUCCCCCCUCUGCUGAAGCUCUCCUGCGCCCCGACCCAGCUGAAUGAAACCAUGGCCUUCACGGCAGACAUCUUCCUGGCGGUGGGGAACUUCUCGGUGAUCACGCUCUCCUACUGCUGCAUCGUCGCCAGCAUCCUGCGCGUGCGCUCGGCGGUGGGCAAGCGGCGCGCCUUCUCCACCUGCUCCUCCCACCUCCUGGUGGUCACCUUGUACUACUCCACCGUCAUCUACACUUACAUCCGCCCUGCGUCCAGCUACUCACUGGACAAGGACAAGCUGGUCUCGGUGAUCUACACUUCCGUGGCCCCCUCCCUGAACCCCCUCAUCUACUCGCUGAGAAACGUGGAGGUCAAGGCGGCGCUCAGGAGGCUGCUGUCCUGCUGCUGA